AUGAAGAAAGUUUCUAACUUAAAAACAAAAGAGGAAACAAAAAUUCCUGAGAGUGAUAAAAAAAAGAUUAAUUUGAAGCAAACUUCAAAACCAAGUGCAUCAUCUAAAACAAUCAAUUCGACAGAAGGAAUUGUUCAAAAAUAGAGCAUAAAAACUUUAAAUGCAACUUAAUAAAAGCAGUAGAAAGAAAAGGGAACUGUUGAAAAAGCAAAUAGUUCGUCUAAAGUUCCAUCUUCUACUAAAAUGGAGACGAAAUAAGUAGAUUUAUAGAAACCUAUGAAGAAAGCAAUUGAGAAAAAAGAUAAUAAUAAUAAUAAUGUAAAUUAAACAAUAAAGAAGUCUUUACCUGCAUAUAAAUUGACUAAAGAAGUAUUUAAAAUGGUUAACAAAAAUGUCAUUUAGAUCAUUUUAAGUUUUUUGAAUGCAAAGGAGGCAUUUAAGCUUGCGAUCACUAGCAAAUCAAUGAAUGAAUUAACAAAAUAAGCAUUGUAAAGUACCAUAAGUUAUUUAGAAGAGAAGAAAAAAUAAAUAAAAUUAAUGAACAAUUUGAAUGACGACUAAGUAAACGCAGUAAUUUACUUAAAACAUUUCUAUAUAUUUAAAUCAAAAUCUGGUUGCUACAUUUCAUCUCAUUAUUUUAACAAUCCUGAUUUGAAAGCUCUGAUUUACACUUUAUGGCAAGUAGUAGCUGAAUAAAAAUCUGAAGGUGCUCAGUAUUUUAACAGAGAUCUUAAGGAUGAACAUUACUAUUUUUAAGUAUACCAUAACCUUCAAAAUGCCAAAAAAGAAAAAUUACAUAUUAUAGAAGAGUGUCUUAAAAUAUACACUGAUGAACAUAUUGAUAAUCUACAUCAAUAAUAUUCUUAUAUGAAGACCUACAUAAUUUUAUUCUAAAAAUACUUAAAAGGAAUUAAAUUAUACUCAGAAUAGAAUUUAAACUAUUAGACACUUUCGAACUUAGAAUAAGCCUAUUUCAAAUUUCUUUUUAAUAUUGAUUAAAAUAUUUAUUUCUACAAGUAAAUGCUAAAAUAAAACUAAGAAACAAUUCUUAUUUUUUCAUUUGACUUCUCUAAAGGUUUUAGACCUAAAAAAAUUAAUUCUUUCCCAUCAAAUUUAUUUAGUUGA